CUGAUGAGGAGUCUAGAUUUUUUUUUUUUCUUUUUAAUUAUCAUUUUACUCUCUUUCUCUUUCUCUCUGUGGUCAACAAAUUAAUAACUUAUAUCAUCAAUUCAAUUCACCUAACGAGUGAAGCUCAAAUCCAAUUGUGUAACCCUAGAUUUCUAAACCAAUAGCAAAAUUAAAAAGCAGCAUGAAUCUACAAGCCGUGCAUUACACUGUGGGCAUUCCACUGACCUUCACAGCUCCAACUAAACGUGUCAGCCAUGUAAUCCGAGCUAAAGCGGAACCCACAGAUAAAUCUGUUGAAAUAAUGAGGAAGUUCUCUGAGCAGUAUGCUCGUCGUUCAGGAACAUAUUUCUGUGUUGAUAAAGGAGUUACAUCUGUCGUCAUUAAGGGACUAGCAGACCAUAAAGAUUCACUUGGAGCUCCACUUUGCCCGUGCAGGCACUAUGACGACAAAGCUGCAGAGGCAGGACAGGGAUUUUGGAACUGCCCAUGUGUUCCCAUGAGGGAAAGGAAGGAGUGUCACUGCAUGCUUUUCCUCACUCCUGAUAAUGAUUUUGCUGGACAGGAUCAGACUAUCACCAUUGAGGAAAUCAAGGAAUCAACAUCAAAAAUGUAAUUAUAGUGCAUCGAAGUUCACUUUUUUGAGCAAUUCUUACUUGCUCACUUGUUCAUACUAAUCAUUGAGCAUAUAUUGUUUAGAAUAUCUGUAACUCUUGUUUCCUGCCCUUCCAUCUCUUUGUAUUGCGCUGUGUUUCCGUCUCUUUGUAUUGCGCUGUGUUUGGCAGGGAUCAUAUAAAAUACACGUUGCUUGCAUAUGAAAGAUGAAUAAUUAAAUUCUCCUUUUUCUUUUCUUAAGAUUAAA